CUUUAUAUUUGAGCCUGCGCAAUGAGUUCCAUGGCAAUUAAAACUCUUGGUAAAAAUAAUUCAGCAAGGAAAUGCGAAAAAAUAGUAUUUUGCAUUUUGAAAUCCUAUAGUUUUAAUAUUUGAACUAGUCCAGUGGUGGAAACGUUUAAAUGAAAUAGUAAAAGUUAAUUAAUAUAAUAUAUUAAUAAAUAUAUACAUAUUAUAGACAGUAUUGUAAACAUAUUAAUGAAAAAGUGUUGAUAAGUUAGUUAUAAAAUUAUUAUACAAAAUAUUUAAGAAGUUCAAUUACUGUUUAUCAGAAUUAAAUUACCAAUUAUGGAAUAAUUCCUGAAAAAGAAGUACAAAUUUUUGUCGUUACUAUGCCAAAACUAAAGUGCUUAGACGAAUUAACCCACCAUUAAAUAUUGUACAAAACGAUUUUUUACAAACGAAACUGAUAAAAGUAAGCUACAGCUACUUAUAUAUAAAUUCCAGAAGAAGCAAUCAAUAAAAAGAACAGUGUAAUAAAAGACAUAUACUCAGGAAACACAUCUGAUUAAAUGAGUAGGGCAAUCAAAAUGAUGUGUUAUUAAAAAUACCUCGGACAACAGAUCCCAUCCUGGUUCACUAAAGUUCUAAUACUUGUGAAAAACGCUAGUUUUACAGCCCGUGCACAAUGCAAUCACCCGUGAUAAACGAUGAAGCAUCAAAAGAUCCGAAAACUACUGAAAAUGAUUUCUCACAACAUUUCACUGAACAUGAUUUUGAAGGUCACCGCCUGCAUACCGUUUAUCUUGGCUUACAUGUCACUGGUGGUCGCCGUCAUUUCGUACGGCGUCGUAAAUAUCAUAUUUACAAAGAAAGUCUCAUUGAAAGACAAAGUAAAAAAGAAUUACAAGUGACUUCGCCAACGCAAUGUAUACAAUUUAUACUUGGAGAGGAUGAUUGCAAUGCAGUUUAUGAAGUGCAUCCGGUAUUUUCCGAAAUGAUGGUGAACGAUGAGUUUGAAUGGAAAGAAAUUGCAAGGUGGAUAAAAUUUGAAGAAGAUGUAGAAGAAGGCGGUAACAGGUGGUCGAAACCACACGUCGCUACUUUAUUUUUGCAUUCAUUUUUCGAACUACGUACUUUAUUACGAAAGGGGUCGGUUUUGUUAGAUGUAGAAGCCAAUACCUUUGAAGUCAUAAUAGAUUUCUUAUGCGACAACAUGGUUAAUUAUGGUACUUUGCCACUAAUUUUACGUGAGAAGGUAAUAGACAUGUUGUUGAGACGACAUCGCCAUCAGCACGAGUACAGUAAAAAAAGUAAAGGAAUACCAAUUAUGCGAUCAUUUGCAGAUAUCAGCUGUAAUCAAACAGAUCCUAAAAAGGAAAAUAUGGUCGCAAGCCCAAGUAACGUAUGUAUACAACACCACAAUAGCUCCAGUGAACUCAGCGAACACAGAAGUAACAUUAACUUCAUGCGAAAAAUUCCGUCAGGAGCCGAAGCAAAUAACAUUCUUGUCGGGGAAGUUGAUUUCUUGGAAAAACCUUUGGUAGGAUUCAUUCGUCUGAAAAAAGGAUUGUUCUUAGGAGAUUUAACAGAAGUUCCAAUUCCAACUCGCUUUAUAUUUAUAGCGUUGGGUGGACCUGGAAGUCAAACUAAUAUGCAGGAAAUAGGCCGAGCUAUGGGUGCGCUCAUGUCUGAUGAAAUAUUCCAUGAAAUUGCAUAUCGCGCAAAACACAUCGACCACCUAAUUGCAGGUAUGGAAGAAUUCUUGAAUGCGGUUACUGUGUUGCCGCCAGGUGAAUGGGAUCCAGCUAUACGAAUCGAUCCCCCAGCUACAAUACCUUCACAGAAGAUUCGCAAACGGUCUCCGGAAACCAGUAAAGAAACGAACGAGGAGGAAGAAGAGCGACGAUUACGCCAAGAGUCUGGAUUAGAACGCACUGGACGGCUUUUCGGCGGGUUAAGUAAUGAUCUUAAAAGAAAAGCAACAUGGUAUUAUACUGAUUUUAAGGAUGGAUUAUCGAUGCAGUGUAUUGCAUCUUGGAUAUUUUUAUAUUUUGCUUGUCUUUCACCAAUUAUAACGUUUGGGGGACUGCUAUCCCAAGCAACUGGUAAAAAUAUUGCAGCCAUGGAGUCUCUAGUUUCUGGUUUCGUUUGUGGUAUCGGAUACGGUCUUUUUUCUGGACAACCACUUACAAUUUUGGGAUCAACUGGGCCAGUCUUAGUGUUUGAGACCAUCGUUUACGACUUUUGCCAAAAUCAAGGUUGGGACUAUUUGACGUUUCGUUUCUGGAUUGGCACUUGGGUUGCUGUCAUAUUGUUAUUUUUAACAGCUAUUGAUGCAAGUGCUUUAGUUUGCUAUAUUACUCGUUUUACUGAGGAAAACUUUGCUACACUAAUUGCUUUCAUUUUUAUAUAUAAGGCUGUUGAAAAUGUUUGGAUGAUAAAAACUAACUUUCCGAUAAUAAAUCCUGUAUAUGAUUGUAUAUGCAUACCACCCGCAGAUAGUAACUUUACAGUAUUGGAUUAUGCAAAAUAUGACAAAUCUUUUUGCAUAGCUAACUAUGGUACCCUGGUUGGUUCAGACUGCAUUCGAGAAAGUACUGAAAAUAUUUUCCUGAUGUCACUAAUACUGUUUUUUGGUACCUUCAUAAUAUCAGUGCUGCUAAAAGGUCUUAAGAAUGCGCCAUAUUUCCCAUCAAUAGUACGGCAGUAUAUCAGUGACUUCGCUGUUAUUAUUGCCAUAUUAUCAAUGUCAAUUCUGGAUUUUAUAAUGAACAUCCCAACACCAAAACUUGAUGUACCGCACGAAUUUAAACCAACCUUAAGCUCGCGUGGUUGGUUAGUUCCACUAUUUUCAACAAAUAACCCUUGGUGGACACCACUUGUAGCCAUAUUUCCAGCAAUGUUAGGAACUAUUUUAAUUUUUAUGGAUCAGCAAAUUACGUCGGUAAUAAUAAAUCGUAAAGAAAACAAACUCAAAAAGGGGUGUGGCUACCACUUGGAUCUAUUCAUAUUAUCAAUACUUAUACAAAUAUGCAGUACAAUGGGUUUACCAUGGUUUGUUGCCGCAACUGUUCUUAGUAUAAAUCAUGUGAAUUCACUAAAAUUGGAAUCUGAAUGCUCUGCACCAGGAGAGAAACCACAUUUUUUAGGUGUACGAGAACAACGUGUAACACACGUAUUAAUAUUUUUAACAAUCGGGUUUUCUGUUAUGUUAACACCUCUACUUUGUCAUAUUCCUAUGCCAGUACUUUUCGGCGUGUUUCUUUAUAUGGGUAUAGCAUCACUUUCAGGCUUACAGUUUUUCGAUCGUUUAUUAAUAAUAUUUAUGCCUGCAAAGUACCAACCGGAUUUCAUGUUCCUACGAAAGAUUAAACGUCCUGUACGACCCAACACUCAUCGAAAUGUUUCUUGUUUCUCAAAUGACACAAGAACUGUAAAUGUUAUAUUUGAAGAAAACGAUAAAGGAUCCCAAUUCGAUACUUCAGGGGAGAAAUGUGCUACUUCAGGCACUUUUGUAAAACAAUCAUGGCAUCACAUAUACGACACCAAUUUAAGCGACCAGUUUAUUAUUCCAGUGUCUGCUAAAGUAAGGCAUAUAAGUAGCUCUGGAGAAAAAAAACAUCUAAUAAGGUUUGGAAACUGCACCACGAACUUUACAAUCAAUGAACAAGCCUGCACAUUGCAACAAAAUCAGUUCGGUUCAAUACUCUAAUGAAAAUUUCGUGUUUGUUUAAAGACUUCUUGGAUUAUAUUUUUCUGGUUAUAAAUAAAAUACAAACUCGAA